AUGGAUAAGGUUGGUCUUAUCGUAACACCAUUGGGCGCAUGGUCAACCGUAGCCGGUGCAUGGCCUUUCGGAGUGACACUAUGCGAUAUAUGGAUUUCUGUAGAUGUGAUUGUCUGCACUGCCUCUAUACUUCAUCUGGUGGCUAUUGCACUUGAUAGGUAUUGGUCAGUGACCGAUAUCAGCUAUGUGCAAAAUCGUACACCAAAACGUAUUAUGAUUAUGUUAACGGUGAUAUGGAUGACGUCGUUGCUGAUCAGUUUGGCACCAUUUGCCGGCUGGAAAGACGACGGCUUCAAGGAUCGUGUCCUACGUCAACAUGUGUGCCUUAUCAGUCAACAGAUUAGUUAUCAGGUAUGUGAUGGCGAUAUUAAGGAUAAAAGAGACAAGAUUAGGAUUAACAAUACUAAUUUGAUUAUUUUAAAGUGA